AUGCCUUUGGAAAAUGCGUCAAAUCUCACCCAAGAGGAAGUAGAAGAAGGACUGCAACUCAGAGUUGCUGAAGCUCAAACAUGGCCUGCCAAGCUCCCAUUUGAUGGUAUUGUUGAUUAUGACGGUGAAUCCGCUGACUUGUUCGCAUUUGUGACAAAUGAUAUUGAAACAAGAAAAGCAAGAUUCGAUUCAAAACAAUGGCCACCUACAAAACAAGGCCUCAAAGAUUUGCUUCACCAUUUGAAACUAAUUGGCCUAAAGCAUGGAAGUGAAUUUACCUAUGAUGCCUCAAAAGGAUGGUUGACCUGUUAUAGAUCAAAGCCAUACAAAGGGACAAAACUACAGGACUUGGAGCAAUUCAAUGAAAAAGGAGUCCUUCUCCAAUACCGGCACAAGUCCUACCAUCACAAUCGUUUGAGAAAUCGUCCAGAUGGCCAAACCUGUCCCCGAGCUACGCACACUUCAAAGGACAUUACAGGAGACAAGUUGUGCUCCUGCAGACUAAGACUACGUAUUCAUAGCAGUAAAAAGGCAGGUGAUCAAUCCUAUAUCUACAUCUCUUGUAAAGGAGACACCCUCCACAAAUACCAUGCCAAACCUGCAGCCGAGUUACCAAUAAAAGCACACAACCUCACUGCAGAAGCUCGACAAAUAGUCUGUGCCCAACAGAAGGCAGCAGUUACAGAAUACAUUGCAGCCAAAGCUGCCAAUGGAGCAAACUCGUCUGCCGCAGACUUUAUACAGUGGUUGCAAACCCAGGCGGGGAAUCCAGAGGUCAAUCUGCACUGUACAACUAUCAAGAAAAGCCUUCUUUAUUAUGCCUUCUAUGCAUACAAAGAGGCACAUGAGGCCAUCACCCAAAGUUUCGUCGAGCUGCAAAAGAGGGAACAUUUUGGGAUAGUGGUGAAGACGCCAUCUUUGUUGGACAAUAUCUUAAGCACAGACCAAACUGCUAUCUUUCCCUCUGUAUUUACAAAGGCAACAUGUUGCAAAUCAACAAUUGAUGAACUUGUGGAUGUAUAUCUAAGUCCUACUCCAUGUUGUUGGAACUACACACUGAGUGAAUAUCCCAAUAACAACAAGUUCUACCCCUCUCCAUUGAGAACAAAUGCAUACCACACUGUUGAGACAUGUUCACCAGCAGACUAUGGCAAUAGCAAUUUUGGACAGGAUGACAAUAGCAACUAUGAUGAACAGGGAGACGAUGCCGCACUUGCCUUCAACGUGAACCAGCUUUGCCUUCAACAACCAAAAGAACUAUGUCAAAAAUCAAGAGCAUACAAUUUUCAAAAAUUUCAAGACAUUGACCGUAAUUGUAUGAAUCAGAGAGACCUGGAUUUUGUUAGAGAACAAAUGGAGGCAAUUGAAAAGGAGCUCUUCCAGAGGAAAGCCAUGGCCAUGAAAAAAAGCCAAAAACGCACAUUCCUUGGAGCAACAAAUGGACAACAAGACAUGGUAUCGUUUUCCCUGAACACAGAAAUUUGCAAGAAAAGUUACCAGGAUACAUACCAUCGAAAGAAGCGGAGAAAAAGUGGAAAAUAG